GGUUAUUUUAAACUGCAGACUUAUUUCAUUGUCUUUUCUUUAAUCUCACACAAAUAGGAUAUUCAUUAUUAAUGUUGGUACUCAGUACCGCGUAUGUCAUAUUACGCAUAUCUACUUAUUUUUAGAUCAGGAAUUCCCAGGUCCGCAGUGGGCAGGUUGAUGCAAGUCGCGCGAGGACGCUAGCAUGUACCCGAUACAUAAAAGGAUAGCGAAAGAAUAACGGGAUGGGAUAUUCAACCAGGAUUAUUCUGAUUUCCUGCAUCAUUCGCUCAUAUUUAUCCAUGUGUCCUGAAGACAUUGUUGGAAACGAUAAGUGUAGAGACAGUCCAGGAACUAAAUACCACUGUCAAUACCACCCUGACACAGAUACAACUACAGAUACAUGUGCACCUGAAGUGAACUGCAGCGCAGGGACAUACGCAGCUAUCAACUCAAUCGAGAAACGAGUGACAUGCAUGCCGUGUUCUCCAGAGAUGUUCCAGUCCCAUGCCAAACUUUCCACCGCAUUUACCCAGCCGAACUGUGACGAAAGAAUAACUCCUUGCGGGAAAGGUGAGCUCCAGUGCGGAGCCGCGUCCCCAUCACAGAACUAUAAGUGUCGUUGUGACAACAGCCUCGGAUGGAGACCUAAUCCCCUUAAAGGAUGUGACUGCUUUCUAAAAGACGCCCCCCUGUGUGUGUGCCAGGAAACGCCCUGCGGACCAGGCGAAGUGUUGGCAUCAAAUUUCACUUGUGUGCCAGUAUCUACAACAGUUGGGACCUUCCCGCCUUGUGUGUCAGGAAUAAACCCAAAACCAGUAAUCACCUCAAAACCAGGAAGCACGGUUGCACCCAUCAUACUGGGGGUGCUGUUGGGCAUCGCUAUGCUUGUCAUCAUUGCAUUGGUCAUACUACUAAAACGAAGAGAGACCAAGUUGAAAGUGGUAACAUCCAAAGUAGUAGCAGAGGCUCCCAGCGCGGAAAAGCGCGGAAAACAACUGUACAACAAAAUAAAAACUGUUUUCAUUGAAAGUGUUGAUCCGAAGCCCCUCCUUCUACGGAUAGACUUUGGCUCGUACAAUGAUGAGCGAUUGCGUGGGAAUAUCGACAGACACGGCCGAGAAGACGGAGCCGCUGAGCUUCUCCAGACAGUGGAGAGACAGUUUCCCACCGACUGGUUCGAGAUGCUAACGAAAGCCCUCCGUCAUCCAGACAUUGGUCUAUCGCACACUGCAGAUGAAAUGGAUGAAAUCAGAGACAAACUAUCAAAAGAAACAGUCGAAUUACAAAGCAGUGGAGAACAGGUCCCAGCUUCUGAGAGUCGACCGCUUGAAAAAGAACCUUUAGUGCCAACAGCUCCUCCCGGCCAGGAAACCUCCGCAGUCUAGCCUCUACAUCGUGCAUGUGUGUGUGUGUGUGUGUGUUUGUGUUUGUGAUUGGGGGCACCGUUCGUCUUCACUUAUUAUUAUUAUGAAUAUAGUUUUGAACUGUAUCUCAUUUUUAGUGCUAUAUUUUCUCGUAAUAUUUUAUUAUUUCUUAUGUAAUAUUGGCUCCCACAGAAGAUGUCGCCUACCCUAUCACCAACUGGGUUAGCGUGGGGUCGAUAUGAUAAAGUAUGGAACGAGUGAUGUUUUAGACUUCGCUAAGUGAAAAAAAAAGAAAGAACUAAUAACCGGAUAAUGUGAUGUAGGACUAUAUGAAGUCGUUAUAAUUCGAAAAUAUAAUUUAUAUUUUUUAGGUCAAACAUAGGACGUUGCCCCUUCCACGUACUGGCAUUUUGUACCUUAUUUCUACCGUGUACCUUACUGUUGUAGCUUUAUGCCCACAUGCAUUUUGGAAGAUGAAUAUAUAUAACCUUUGUUUUAGCAUUUCAGUCUUCUUAAGCAACAAAGUUUUAUGGAGAUGUUAUACUGUAGCUCUUGUAUUCAACCUCUCACACAAACAGGUGGACAAACUGCUAAUUUACAAUGUUGCAUUUGAUUACAAAUAUUGUCUUUAAGAUUGAACAAUGGGCGGAGGCAAUAGAUGACUGCAUUUUCUGUUGUAUGUCUUUAACGUCGGCGGCAUUAAAACAACAAAAUGUCA